GCUGGCUUUCUCUCCUCCCCACAGCCGCUCUCCCACCCUAGCCUUUCUCUCACAGCCCUUAGCUUCUCGGCUCGGCUCCGGAGCGUGGACUUAGCUGAACACAGAGCGCAGAGCCAGCGAGCUGGACCUCGCUCUCCUAGGGCCCUGCCUGCCCGGUGUUUCUUCGGCCUCGCUCCUCGCCUCUCUUUUCCCGAGAGGUGGUUCUUGACACUGAGGACGAGACCUCGGUGUCCCUCAAACUUCCCCUGAAAGGGAACCGGUGGGGGAGUAGACCGAACAGAGCCAGCUAUGGAUCCUGUGAGUCAGCUGGCCUCAGCAGGCACCUUCCGGGCACUGAAGGAGCCCCUUGCCUUCCUGCGAGCUCUGGAACUGCUUUUUGCAAUCUUUGCAUUUGCAACAUGCGGUGGUUAUUCUGGAGGUCUGCGGCUGAGUGUGGACUGCGUCAACAAGACAGACAGUAAUCUCAGCAUUGACAUAGCAUUUGCCUACCCAUUCAGGUUGCAUCAGGUGACAUUUGAGGUGCCUACCUGCGAGGGAAAGGAGCAGGAGAAGCUGGCACUGAUUGGUGACUCCUCAUCUUCAGCAGAGUUCUUUGUCACUGUUGCUGUGUUUGCCUUCCUGUACUCCUUGGCUGCCACUGUCGUCUACAUUUUCUUCCAGAACAAGUAUCGGGAAAACAACCGAGGUCCGCUCAUUGACUUCAUCGUCACUGUAGUCUUUUCAUUCUUGUGGUUGGUUGGUUCAUCAGCUUGGGCGAAAGGACUAUCUGAUGUCAAGGUUGCAACUGAUCCCAAAGAAGUAUUGUCACUGAUAUCAGCUUGCAAACAGUCGUCCAACAAAUGCAUGGCUAUCCACAGCCCUGUAAUGUCCAGCUUAAACACUUCUGUGGUGUUUGGAUUCUUGAACUUUAUUCUCUGGGCUGGAAACAUCUGGUUUGUUUUCAAGGAGACUGGUUGGCACUCCUCAGGACAGAGAUAUCUUUCAGACCCAAUGGAGAAACAUUCAAGCAGCUAUAACCAAGGCAGGUACAAUCAAGACAGCUAUGGGUCUGGUGCUGGGUACAGCCAGCAGGCGAGUUUGGGGCCAUCUUCCAAUGAGUUCGGCCAACAGUCCAGUGGCCCUGCUUCCUUUACCAACCCAAUUUAAAAGGGUAGUAUUUGCAUUCUUCUAGAGAGAGCCUCACCAUCUUCCAGUGGCAGAAGAUUUUUUAGGUUUCAGUAACUUAUUAAUGCAGAGAGUGUUGAAUAUAAAUUAGAGAUCUGUAAUCCUCAUUAAGGCAGAGAAGCCUGUGUCAUGAUAAAUGAUACUUAAAAAUGAGAUGCCAUAAGGAGGUAUAUUAUUCAUCAUAGGUGGCUAAUUGUAUAUCAUACCUUGCUAUAAACACAAAUACUUUCAUGGUGUUUCGUAUGUGCAUUGAAAUAGUUGAAACAUUUUGUAGCUGAAUGUAAUAUGCAUAAAGUAAGUCAAAUAUCAGCAAGUUUUCCUAUGCAUUUUGAUGCUGAAGACAUUUUAAUAUUUCUAUAAGACGACUUGGUGCAUCACAAUGUGCAUGUAUUUUUUUUUUAGUUGCAGACUAUAGGAUUGAGUCUCUUUGUUUUAGACAGUUACUCUGUGUUUCUUUAUUUGAUGAAACAAUGCUUAUAUAAUUUAGUGCAUGAAUAGGCAUUUUUCACAAAAUGAACAUUCCAAUGGUAUUUAUAAAAAUUUUCCAGUAUGCACCAGGAAUUUGUUAAAUGGUCGUUUAAAAAAUGUAUUCACACUUUGUAACUUGCAAAUUUGUCUCUCUGGCUUUACCAGUUCUGAAUGCAUUGUAAUUAAGGUUAGGGGUUCUUUUUUCCCCAUUAGUAGAUAUUCAGUGUUACUAUAUUAUAACUGCUCAGUAUUUAUUCUAUUUACUUAGCUAAAUAUUUACAUUCUUACAACUUUCCAUCGUAUUUUAUGGAUCUUAUCCUGUGGGCCAAGAACAAUAGGCCCAAUAACUUUGUGUUUAUGGAGUACUGUUUUCUUAGAAUAAUAGUGAUGCAGAUACCAGAUACCAUAGUCAAGAAGCUAUUGUCCUGACAUAUUAAUUUUUAAAGAAUAAUCUGAAGAACCUGGACUACCAGCUAAACUUUUAAAUUCUAUUUAUUUAUAAAGUUAAUAUGUUCUUCAAUUAUUAAACAUUCUCAAGUCUUAGCUCAACUUACUAAUUAUCAAUUCUAAUUUGAAUAUUAUCCAUAAAUUAAAACUUACUUCCAUGAGCCAUUCCAUAUCCAAAAAGGGGUUUUCAUAAAAUACCCCCCCAGAAUGUAUACAUUAUCAAGAAAAUGCCAAAUUCACCUCUUUGUUUUAACUCAGUUGAAACACCAUGGCCUAACAGUGAGGAAAAGCUGGGCAUCUGUACUUUUAGAUAAACAUUGGUAUCAAUGUAUAAACUCAUUAUGUGAUCUGUGAUGUUGGAAGAAUUUUAACACAAAACAGUCUUGAUAUCUGUAGUCAGUUUCUGGAUCCUGUUGGAUAAAUCUGUAUUGUGAUAUUUUUUGCCCUUAAUAAAGUUAUUGCCUACAAUGAUGGCUGGUAAUAUAUGCAUUAUCAAGAAAAUGCCAAUCUUUGCCUCUUUAUUUUAAUUCAAUUGAAACACCAGGACCCAACUGUGGGGAAAAGCUGAGCAUCUGUACUUCUAGAUAAAAGUUGGUAUCAAUGUAUAAGCUCAUUGUGUGAUCUGUGAUGUUGCAAGCAUUUUAACACAAAACAGUCUUGACAUUUAUAACUAGUUCCUGGAUUCUAUUGGA